AGGGGAGAAGCCUCCCGCCGAGCUUGACCCUCGUCUCCCGCCGGGGCACAGCCCGUGGAUCGCCCCCUCCCCCCCCCCAUCCGGAGCCACGCCUGCCCAGCCUCAGUUUACCCAGGCCGAGCCGGGAGGGAAGGGGCGCCCGGCGCCUUCGCCCGCCUUCCGCCGCGGAUGAGAGUCGGGGGUCCCCGGUGCCCGGAGGCGUCCGUCGCCCCAGUCCUCGGCGUCGCUUUUGGACGCUGCAUCUGGACUUUGAACUGUGUGUGUUAAAGCAUUCCUCAUCCUUGUUUUCAUGACUGUGAGCCUGCUUAAUCGGAGAUGGAGCAGAUGGAUUGUAAACCCUACCAGCCAUUAUCCAAAGUCAAGCACGAAAUGGAUCUCACUUAUACCAGUUCUUCUGAUGAGAGUGAAGAUGGGAGAAAACCAAGACAGUCCUAUGACUCAAGAGAAACCCUUCAUGAGUAUAACCAAGAGCUUCGAUUGAAUUAUAAUAGCCAGAGCAGGAAGAGAAAAGAAGUAGAUAAUUCUACUCAAGAAAUGGAAUUCUGUGAAACUCCACAUAUUCUGUGCACUGGCUACCAGACCGACAUACACGAUGUCGCUCAACACGGCUACCAGAUAGAGAUGGGUUCAGAUGUGGAUACUGAAACAGAGGGUGGCGGCUCACCUGAUCACGCUCUGAGGAUGUGGAUGAGGGGAAUGAAAUCAGAACAUAGCUCCUGCUUGUCCAGCCGGGCCAACUCAGCAUUGUCCUUGACCGACACUGACCACGAAAGGAAGUCUGAUGGAGAAAACGAUAUGCCCGGUAGCCCACAUAACCAGUUCACGUUCAGACCUCUCCCGCCUCCGCCCCCUCCGCCUCAUGCCUGCACCUGUGCCAGGAAGCCGGCACCCACGGCCGACUCCCUCCAGAGGAGAUCCAUGACGACUCGCAGCCAGCCCAGCCCCGCUGCUCCGACGCCCCCAACCAGUACACAGGACUCCGUCCAUCUGCAUAACAACUGGGUCCUGAAUAGCAACAUACCAUUGGAGACAAGGCAUUUCCUCUUUAAACAUGGAUCGGGCUCUUCAGCUAUCUUCAGCGCAGCCAGUCAGAACUACCCACUAACCUCCAAUACGGUUUACUCUCCGCCUCCCAGGCCCCUGCCUAGAAGCACCUUUUCAAGGCCUGCGUUCACUUUUAACAAGCCGUACAGGUGCUGCAACUGGAAGUGCACGGCUCUGAGCGCCACUGCCAUCACCGUGACUCUGGCUUUGCUGUUAGCCUACGUUAUUGCAGUACAUUUAUUUGGCCUAACCUGGCAGCUGCAGCCAGUUGAAGGACAGCUGUAUGAAAAUGGAGUUAGCAAGGGGAAUCGAGGGCCCGAGGCCGUGGAUACCACUUACUCCCCAAUUGGAGGAAAAGUUUCAGAUAAAACAGAGAAAAAAGUGUUUCAGAAGGGGCGAGCCAUAGAUACAGGAGAAGUUGACAUUGGAGCUCAAGUGAUGCAGACCAUUCCUCCGGGCUUAUUCUGGCGUUUUCAGAUUACCAUCCACCAUCCUAUGUACCUGAAAUUCAACAUUUCAUUAGCGAGGGACUCUUUAUUGGGGAUUUACGGUAGAAGAAACAUCCCCCCUACGCACACUCAGUUUGAUUUUGUAAAGCUGAUGGAUGGAAAACAGUUAAUUAAACCUGAACCUAAGAACUCUGAAGAUUCCCAGCAUUCUCCACGGAAUCUAAUUUUAACUUCACUGCAGGAGACAGGUUUCAUUGAGUAUAUGGAUCAAGGGCCUUGGUAUCUUGCUUUUUACAAUGAUGGAAAGAAGAUGGAACAAGUAUUUGUAUUAACUACAGCAAUUGAAAUCAUGGAUGACUGUUCUACUAACUGCAAUGGGAAUGGAGAGUGUAUCUCUGGCCACUGCCACUGUUUCCCAGGAUUCCUUGGCCCUGAUUGUGCAAGAGAUUCAUGCCCCGUGCUGUGUGGUGGAAAUGGAGAAUAUGAGAAAGGGCACUGUGUAUGCCGGACUGGAUGGAAAGGGCCAGAGUGUGAUGUUCCAGAAGAACAGUGUAUUGAUCCAACCUGCUUUGGACACGGCACUUGUAUCAUGGGUGUCUGCAUUUGUGUGCCGGGCUACAAAGGAGAAAUCUGUGAGGAAGAGGACUGCUUAGAUCCUAUGUGUUCUAGCCACGGGGUCUGUGUUAAAGGAGAAUGCCACUGCUCUGCCGGCUGGGGAGGAGUGAACUGUGAGACGCCUCUUCCAGUUUGCCAGGAACAAUGCUCGGGACACGGAACUUUCCUCCUGGAUACGGGCAUGUGCAGCUGUGAGCCGAAGUGGACGGGCUCUGACUGUUCAACAGAAUUGUGUACCAUGGACUGUGGUAACCACGGGGUUUGUUCGAGAGGGCUGUGCCAGUGCGAAGAAGGAUGGGUAGGGCCAACCUGUGAGGAACGAACCUGCCACUCUCACUGUGCGGAGCAUGGCCAGUGUAAAGAUGGAAAGUGUGAAUGUAGCCCUGGAUGGGAGGGAGACCACUGCACUAUUGCUCACUACUUAGAUGCCGUCCGAGAUGGUUGUCCAGGACUGUGCUUCGGAAAUGGGAGGUGUACCCUAGAUCAGAAUGGCUGGCACUGUGUGUGUCAGCUAGGUUGGAGUGGAACGGGAUGCAAUGUCGUCAUGGAAAUGAUGUGCGGAGACAACCUGGACAAUGAUGGAGAUGGUUUGACUGACUGUGUGGACCCUGACUGUUGUCAGCAAGGUAAUUGCUAUGCAAGUCCUCUCUGCCAAGGUUCACCUGACCCUCUUGACCUCAUUCAGCAAAGUCAGCCUCUUUAUUCUCAGCAUCCUCCAAGCCUCUUCUAUGACCGCAUCAGAUUCCUCAUCGGCAAAGACAGUACUCAUGUCAUUCCUGGAGAAGUCUCGUUUGAUAGCAGGCGAGCCUGUGUCAUUCGGGGCCAAGUGGCGGCAGUGGACGGGACCCCUCUGGUUGGGGUGAAUGUCAGUUUCCUACACCACAGUGAUUACGGAUACACUAUCAGCCGGCAAGAUGGAAGCUUCGACCUGGUAGCCGUAGGAGGGAUCUCCGUCACCUUAAUCUUUGACCGAUCACCGUUCUUAUCUGAGAAAAGGACACUGUGGCUUCCUUGGAACAGGUUCAUCGUAGUGGAAAAAGUCACGAUGCAGAGAUCCAAGUCAGAUCCACCUUCCUGUGACAUCUCUGGCUUUGUCAGCCCAAACCCCGUUGUCCUUCCUUCACCCCUGACGGCAUUUGGUGGGUACUGUCCAGAGAGGGGAACGGUCAUUCCAGAGCUCCAGGUUGUCCAGGAAGAAAUCCCGAUCCCAUCCAGCUUUGUGAGACUGAGCUACCUCAGCAGCCGAACACCCGGAUAUAAAACACUGCUGCGCAUCGUUCUGACACACGCGACCGUCCCCUUGGGGAUGAUAAAAGUGCAUCUCAUGGUUGCCGUCGAAGGCCGUCUAGGGCAGAAGUGGUUUCCGGCUGCAGUCAACCUCGUCUACACGUUUGCGUGGAACAAGACGGACAUAUACGGGCAGAAGGUUUCUGGCCUGACAGAAGCUACGGUGUCCGUAGGAUAUGAAUAUGAAACAUGCCCUGACUUUAUUCUGUGGGAGAAAAGAACAGUGGUCUUACAAGGUUUUGAGUUGGAUGCUUCAAACCUAGGGGGCUGGUCCUUAAACAAGCAUCAUAUUUUGAACCCACAGAGCGGAAUCGUACAUAAAGGGAAUGGAGAGAACAUGUUCAUUUCCCAGCAGCCUCCAGUCAUCUCCACUGUCAUGGGAAACGGUCACCAGAGAAGCGUUUCCUGCACCAACUGCAAUGGUGUGGCCCACAGCAACAAACUCUUUGCCCCAGUUGCCUUAGCAUCCGGUCCCGACGGCAGUGUCUACAUUGGAGACUUCAACUUCGUAAGGCGGAUCUUUCCCUCGGGAAAUUCCAUUAGCAUCUUGGAAUUAAGAAACCGAGAUACGAGACACAGCACCAGCCCCGCUCACAAGUACUACCUGGCUGUGGACCCGGGUUCCGGGUCUCUCUACCUGUCCGACACCAACACGAGAAGGGUGUACAGAUUGAAAUCUCUCGGGGAGACGAAAGAUCUGGCCAAGAAUUACGAGGUGGUUGCGGGAACUGGCGAUCAGUGUCUGCCGUUUGACCAGAGUCACUGUGGAGAUGGCGGAAGGGCGGCAGAGGCGUCUCUGAACAGUCCUAGAGGUAUCACGGUUGACCGGCAUGGUUUCAUUUACUUUGUGGACGGUACUAUGAUUCGGAAAAUUGAUGAGAACGCCGUGAUCACGACUGUCAUCGGUUCGAACGGGCUGACAUCCACCCAGCCGUUGAGCUGUGACUCGGGAAUGGACAUCAGUCAGGUGAGGCUGGAGUGGCCGACCGACCUCACGGUCAAUCCCAUGGACAAUUCGCUGUACGUCUUGGACAACAACAUCGUCCUGCAGAUCUCGGAGAACAGACGCGUGAGAAUCAUCGCCGGCCGGCCCAUCCACUGUCAGGUCCCCGGAAUCGACCAUUUCCUGGUCAGCAAGGUGGCGGUCCACUCCACCCUGGAGUCGGCACGGGCCAUCGGCGUGUCCCACAGCGGGGUGCUCUACAUCGCCGAGACAGACGAGAGGAAGAUCAACCGCAUCCAGCAAGUCACGACCAACGGGGAGAUCUCUGUCGUCGCGGGGGCCCCGACGGACUGCGACUGCAAGAUCGACCCCAACUGUGACUGUUUCUCAGGGGAUGGUGGAUACGCCAAAGACGCUAAGCUGAAAGCCCCUUCCUCUUUAGCGGUCUCCCCCGAGGGCACGCUGUACGUAGCCGACCUGGGCAAUAUCCGCAUCCGGGCGGUCAGUAGAAACAGACCUCACCUGAGCGAUUCGAAUAUGUAUGAGAUCGCUUCGCCCGCGGACCAGGAGCUUUAUCAGUUCACUCCCAACGGGACCCAUCUCCAUACACUGAAUCUGAUCACCAGGGACUACAUGUACAAUUUCUCCUACACCGCGGAAGGAGAUUUAGAAGCGAUCACCAGCGGCAAUGGGAAUCUAGUCCACAUUCACCGGGGCACGAGCGGAACGCCUCUGUGGUUAGCGGUCCCAGGCGGGCAGGCCUACUGGCUGGUUAUCAGUAGCAAUGGCGUGCUGAAGAAGAUAACCGUGCAAAACUACAACUUGGCCUUAAUGACAUAUCCAGGGAACACGGGUCUUCUGGCGACCAAAAGCAAUGAGAACGGAUGGACGACGGUUUAUGAGUACGACCCCGAGGGACACCUGACCAACGCAACGUUUCCGACCGGAGAGGUGAGCAGCUUCCACAGAGAUAUGGAAAAGCUAUCCCGAGUGGAGCUGGCCACGUCAAACAGAGAAAACGUCAUCACUUCGACCAACUUUUCCGCUACCAGCACCGUUUACAUUUUAAAACAAGAAAACACUCAAAGCAUCUACCGGGUCAGCCCGGACGGGUCCCUCCGAGUCACCUUCGCGAGCGGGAUGGAGAUCGCCUUAAACACGGAGCCUCACAUCCUGGCCGGGGUGAUCAACCCCACCUUGGGAAAAUGCAACGUCUCCCUUCCCGGGGAGCAUAACUCCAAUCUGAUCGAGUGGCGGCAGAGGAAGGAGCAGACCAAAGGCAACAUCUCGGCCUUUGAGAGGAGACUGAGGGCCCAUAACCGGAACCUGUUAUCCAUAGAUUUUGAUCACGUGACCCGCACGGGCAAGAUCUACGACGACCAUCGAAAAUUCACUCUCCGCAUUCUCUACGAUCAGACGGGGCGUCCCAUUCUCUGGUCUCCCGUCAGCAGGUAUAACGAAGUCAACAUCACAUAUUCCAGUUCGGGAUUAGUGACUUUCAUUCAGAGAGGCACGUGGACGGAGAAGAUGGAGUACGAUCAGAACGGGAAGAUAAUCUCAAGGACUUGGGCCGACGGGAAAAUAUGGAGCUACACCUACCUGGAAAAGUCGGUGAUGCUCCUCCUGCACAGCCAGCGCCGUUACAUCUUCGAAUACGACCAGUCGGACUACCUGCUGUCCGUCACCAUGCCCAGCAUGGUCCGCUACGGCCUGCAGACGGUGCUGUCGGUGGGCUAUUACCGCAACAUCUACAGCCCUCCCGACGGGGGCGCCUCCCUGGUCCAAGAUUUCGCCCGAGACGGGCGUCUGCUCCAGACGCUGCACCUCGGGACGGGCCGCCGGGUCCUCUACCGGUACACCAAGCAGUCGCGGCUGUCCGAGAUCCUCUACGACACCACCCAGGUCACGUUCACCUACGAGGAAUCGUCCGGGGUCAUCAAGACCAUCCACCUGAUGCAUGACGGGUUCAUCUGCACCAUCAGAUACAGGCAGACAGGUCCCCUGGUCGGGCGUCAGAUUUUCCGGUUCAGCGAAGAGGGUCUGGUGAACGCGCGGUUCGACUACAGCUACAACAACUUCCGCGUGACCAGCAUGCAGGCGGUGAUCAACGAGACCCCGCUGCCCAUCGACCUCUACCGCUACGUGGACGUCUCCGGGCGGACCGAGCAGUUCGGGAAGUUCAGCGUCAUCAAUUACGACCUCAAUCAGGUCAUCACCACCACGGUGAUGAAGCACACCAAGAUCUUCAGCGCCAACGGGCAGGUGAUCGAGGUCCAGUACGAGAUCCUGAAGGCCAUCGCCUACUGGAUGACAGUCCAGUACGACACCGUGGGCCGCGUGGUGAUCUGCGACAUCCGGGUGGGGGUGGACGCCAACGUCACGAGGUACUCGUACGAGUACGACGCCGACGGCCAGCUCCAGGCCGUGGCGGUCGACGACCGGACCCAGUGGCGCUACGGCUACGACCUCAACGGGAACGUCAACCUGCUGAGCCACGGGAACAGCGCCCGCCUGACCCCGCUGCGGUACGACCUCCGCGACCGGAUCACCAGGCUGGGCGAGAUCCAGUACAAGAUGGACGAGGACGGCUUCCUGCGCCAGCGGGGCAACGAGGUCUUCGAGUACAACUCCAACGGGCUCCUCCGCCGGGCCUACGACCGGGUUUCCGGCUGGACGGUCCGCUACUGCUACGACGGGCUCGGCCGCCGGGUGUCCAGCCGGUCCAGCCCGGGCCGCCACCUGCAGUUCUUCUACGCGGACCUCGCCCACCCCAUCCGCGUCACCCACCUGUACGACCACAGCAGCUCGGAGAUCACCUCGCUCUACUACGACCUCCAAGGGCACCUCAUCGCCAUGGAGCUGAGCAGCGGGGAGGAGUACUACGUGGCCUGCGACAACACGGGCACCCCCUUGGCCGUCUUCAGCAGCCGGGGGCAGGUGAUCAAGGAGAUCCUCUACACCCCCUACGGGGACGUCUACCGGGACACCCACCCGGACUUCCAGGUGGUCAUCGGCUUCCACGGGGGCCUCUACGACCCGCUGACCAAGCUGGUGCACCUGGGCCAGAGGGAUUACGACGUGGUGGCCGGCCGCUGGACGACGCCCGAUCACCGGGUCUGGCGCCACCUGAACGCCGUCCCCAGGCCGUUCAACCUCUACUCCUUCGAAAACAACUACCCGGUCGGCAGGAUCCAAGACGUGGCCAAGUACACCACGGAUAUCGGAAGUUGGCUGGAGCUGUUUGGUUUUCAGCUUCACAACGUGCUCCCCGGAUUCCCUAAACCGGAGACGGAAAGUUUGGAACUGACUCACGAGCUUCUCCAGCUUCAGACGAAAACUCAGGAGUGGGAUCCCGGAAAGACGGUCCUGGGCAUCCAGUGCGAGCUCCAGAAGCAGCUUCGAAAUUUCAUUUCCCUGGACCAGCUUCCCAUGGCGCCCGCCUCCAGCGACGGGAGGUGCCCCGGAGAAGGAGGAGGUGGGAAGAGGCCCCGCUUUUCCGCCGUCCCUUCCGUCUUCGGGAGAGGCAUCAAAUUCGCCAUCAAGGACGGGGCGGUGACGGCCGAGGUCAUAGGGGUGGCCAACGAGGACAGCCGCCGCAUCGCCGCCGUCCUCAACGACGCCCGCUACCUGGAGAACCUCCACUUCACCGUGGACGGGCGCGACACGCACUACUUCAUCAAGCUGGGCUCGCUGGAGGAAGACCUGGCCCUGAUCGGGAGCAGCGGAGGGAGGCGCAUCCUGGAGAACGGCGUCAACGUCACGGUGUCGCAGAUGACCUCGGCGGUCAACGGGAGGACCAGGCGCUUCGCCGACAUCCAGCUCCAGCACGGCGCCCUGUGCUUCAACAUCCGCUACGGCACCACGGUGGAGGAGGAGAAGAACCACGUGUUGGAAACGGCCAGGCAGAGGGCCGUCGCCCAGGCCUGGACUAAGGAGCAGAGACGGCUCCGGGAAGGGGAAGAGGGCAUCAGGGCCUGGACGGAGGGAGAGAAGCAGCAGCUCUUGAGCACCGGGAGGGUGCAGGGCUACGACGGCUACUUCGUCCUGUCCGUCGAGCAGUAUCUAGAACUUUCCGACAGUGCCGACAACAUUCACUUUAUGAGACAGAGCGAGAUCGGCAGGAGGUGACGGACGCAACCUCCGCCUUCGCGUCACCAAAGACCGCCUGUUUGUAAAACCCGGAAUGGUUUACCUAUCGGUUUUCUAGAUCAGACCUCCCUGCGUGCCAACACGGAGAGAGAGAGAGAGAGAGAGAGAGAGAGAGAGACAAA